AUGAUAUUUGGUAUCCCUGAAUCUUUUGACAUUGAAGUAGACUUAGAGCCUACUUUGAUCCCCCAUAAGAUGGAGAUCUCAUUGUUCUCCAAGUUUGAUGCUCCCAAAUUGACUGACUUGGAUAUUCUUACUCAAAAAUUCCAAAAUCUAGUUACUUUACAAAACAAUGAAGUAGAGAAGUUGAUAGCCUUUGAAACUGAAAGAAUACGGAAAAAGAAGGAAGAAGAAGAAAGAAUUCGAUUAGAAAAAGAAAAACAAGCUCGUUUGUUGGAAGAAAAGCGUAGAAAAGAAGAAGCUGAAGCAUUGAAGAAACAAGAAGAGGAAAGAAAAUUGAAAGAAGAAGCUAGAAGGAAAGCUGAAGAAGCUGAAAAAGAAAAACAAAGAUUAGAGAAAGAGAAGAAGGAACGUGAAAAUGCUCAAAAGCUAGAAUUGGAACGUCAAGCCAAACUUAAACAACAAAAAAUCGAUGAAGAGAAUAAUAAAUUUUUAAAGAUUGAAAAGGAAUUCAUAAAGCAUAAGGAAAAGAUCAAAAGCAUUAAGACCGAUAUAGUUGAACAUGUUAAUGCAAAUAAGGAAUUGAAAAAACAAAUUGGUGUAGUCAGAAGAAAGAUCAAUCCUAAAUUCGGUCAAUUAUCCAAUAGUAUGACCCAACUUAAUAAGAUCACCAAUGACAUAGUGGAAAUUCUUAGCUCCAUUCCCCCUGAUGCUCCAUAUGUAUUACCUUUUAUUUUCAAUUUCAUAUGUAAAGCCAUAGUUUCUCAAGCUGAGACCGAAAUCGUGGUACAACCCAAAGCAGCAUUACCAUUAGCCAGAUUGGUUUCGAAUCUUCUUGAGAGAUUCCCAGCUUUGAAUGAAUAUUUGUUACCCAGAUUAGUUAAAAAAUGUCCAAUUAUUAUAGGAUAUUCUUGCUCCAUUGAUACUGAAGAAGGAAGAAUGAAAAUGGGUUGGAAAAGAAAUAAAUCCACUAACAAAUGGGAAGAAUCUGAUAAAUAUGAUGAAAGAGUAUCUGGUAUAUGUUCAUUGUUUGCAGUAUUAACCCGUUUAAAUAACCCUUACUAUCCUAUAUCAAUGUCUUGGUCCAUGUUAGCGAGAAUUGCUAACACUGAUUUAAAACUAAUUACAAACGUACAUUUUUUCUGUGUUGCCAAUUGGUGGGAAUCAUCAGGUAGAUUCUUUGUAUCAGUUUAUAAAAACCAAGCAGCCAAAUUGUUGAGUUUAUUGAGUUUAGAAAUGACUAACCAUUUCAAAUCAUUACCUGCAGCAACCAGAUUGAAAAUUUUGGGUGAAGAAGGUAUUUCACCUAAUAUGAACACUCUCAAAGAGAUGGAACGAUAA